CAGUUGCUGUGAUAGUAGGCUACGAAGCGCCCUUUCCGACCACGAGAAACAUUCUGACAGGUCACGUGUGUCUGUCACUGCCUGAAACAGUUUUGAAUGUGAGAAGCGCUGAUCUGAACAAUGGUGAGUUAUAAUCGGAGGGCGAAUCACGGGAUGCCAUAUGCGGUAGCAACGUCAUCCAAGCGAGCACUUAAGCCAACAAAAUAGGAUUGGUGAGAAAAACUGACAAACUUGCUGGUUCAAGUUGAUUUCCGCAGCUUCCCGUUAAUUCACAUCUUCCCUAGCAAAGAGGAGCUGUCCGUUAGCAGUGGUGCUAAACACUUCAAUCUUAGUGGGACAACAUCCGCGGAACGCAGUUUUAAAUUUGAUUUAUAUGAACACACUGUUAUCAUUUAUCUAGAGAUCAGCCUGUAGCAGCACAGCUCGAAUUCUUUUCUAAAAACCCGUUCUUCACAUUGAUACUGGACUUAUUUUACACCCGGGAUAAAAGCGGUUUCUUUACAAAAGCAAGAGAUCAACAGAAGAAAAACGAUGGCUUUCAUGGUGAAACACAUGGUGGGGGGACAACUGAAGAACCUGACUGGCGGUUUAGGAGAAGAGAUGAAAGCCGGAGAAGGGGAAAAGACGGAAGCCGCAGCAAAAGGAAUGACACAAGAGGAGUUUGAACAAUACCAACAGCAGUUGGUGGAGGAAAAGAUGGAGCGAGAUGCCAACUUUGCCCAGAAGAAAGCAGAACGUGCCACAGUCAGGAGUCACUUUCGGGAAAAAUACAGGCUGCCAAAGAACGAGACUGACGAGACUCAGAUCCAGCAGGCGGGAGACGACAUUGAGCUGCCCACAGAGCUAGCCAAGAUGAUCGCGGAGGACAACCAGGAGGAGGCGCACAAGCAGUCGGUCAUCGGGCAGCUGACCAACAUCCAGAACGUGGAUCUGGACCAGCUGAAGGACAAGGCCCAGGCCACACUGGAGGACCUCAAGCAGUCUGCCGAGAAGUGCUCUGUCAUGUGACCUUGACCCCGCCCAGAAGCACACUUUGCAUUUCACUCUCCCACAGUCAACGCUCCGUACCGUCACUCACUGUCCUUUUGACCUCCCCCCACUCACACAGUUUUGUGAUCACAUGGUAACAGUUGCACACAGCUUUGAAGGCACACAUAUCCAGUGGAGAGGCUAUAGGCAGAUAUGUGUAGUUUCCUCCAUGAAGACAUGUAGAACACUUCCAGGAGGUUGGGGUUACAUACAAGGUUACAUACACAAGAAAUCUUGCCCACUUGCAGGCUUUUUUUGCCACCUUUGCCCAUUUACUCUUUACUGCCUGUGCUCUGUAGCUCAUUGUGUUCAUGGUCCCAUGAUCUCUUCCACGUGUUAAAUUGACACCCCUAACCCCACCCAUAAAUCCGCCAUUUCAAUAAUACCGUUUUGUGCUGGUGGUUUGGUAUUGUUUAGCUGCUAUGAUGUGUCAAGUGCUGUCUUUGGGUGUCAUCCUAUGAGUGAAAGUACUGGUUUCAAUAUUUAGAAACACAAUCACACACUCACAAACAUACACUCCUGUAGGUAUAUUGGUAUAUGUCAGCAUUGUUGUAUUACGACAGAAUUCAGUAAAGCUGCUGUGUAAAUGUUUUUUUGGAGACUAGUGAGGACACAGGUCACGGAGUAGGGGCCUCACAAUGUACAAAAAUGUCAAAUUGCAAAUUCAGUGUUUUUGUGCGUAUCUGUGGCAUUUCAUUAAAACUAAUUUGUUUCACUAAUUUUAAUUGUGGAGGGGGGUAGCGGUCUGUAAGACUGGGUUCAAUUCUGUGGGUUGUCAUACUGUAGUACAGGUUGCUUGUCCACUUAGAGCAAAGAAAGUUGCAAAUGUCAAAAAUAGGUGACGGCAAUGCUCACAAAAUUCUUGAUAAUGUGCAGGACAUUUACUGCAGAUGCUGUUAUCCAGAGAAACUUACACCGGUUACAUUUUUUUUUAAAUUCAUCCAUUUAUACAGCUGGAUAUUUACUAAAGCAAUUAUGGUAAGUACCUUGCUCAAAGGUACAAUGGCAGCACCCCACCUGGGAAUCGUACCCAUAAUGUUUUAGUUUUAAGUCAUACCCUAUCCAUAAUUCUACAUUCUGCCACUCAUUGUACUAACAGUCUGGUAACAAGGGAGGUGGCAUUCAAUCUAACCAGACUUUGAGAAAGGAACAUUCUGAUCUUUCAGAAAGGACAUAGCACAUUUGUUAGAAACAUACUUACAGUUCAUUAUGAAUUUAGGAUGAAAGUUUGAUUAAAUUGACAAUAUAUAUGUGAAUAUGAAAAAUAUUUGCUUAAAUGUGUUAUUCAGAAUGAUUAUCACGCUUCAAUUAGUUGAAAAGGAAAGAAAUAACAUUUCCUGCUCUUUUUGUUAUGUACCUGGCACAGAGGUGGAAAUGUUGAGCAACCCUCCAUAAUUGAACUGACUCCCACUUCAUAGGCCUAAUGGUUUUAAUGAAUACAAUUUCAGGUUAUGCAACCAAGGAUUCUUUUCUAAAAACCUUUUUUUGAAGGUUCUCAUUUUAAACUUGAUUUUUGAAUGAUUAAAGAAGCCCUUGACUUUUGUUGGACUAAAAAAAUACAAUAAACAUAUUUUUUAAGAUA